CUUAUCCCCCUUAUUUAUGCUUUUACUACUGUAAUGCGUUCUCUGAUACCAAUCUUGGGAAAUGCCCGGCCAAGACCGUUUGCCUCCCCGAAAUGUAGCAGGCGCCGCCCCUGUCACGAUCCCGCGUGUCAGCCUGUCUCAAGUAGUUACCCCGUUUCCCACCACCUCAAUGAUAAAGUCUAAGCUGCCUUGAAAUUUGCAAGUAGUCCAAAAGCCUCAACCUCGCAUUAAUUGAACCCUCAUUCGGUAGCAACAUCUUCAUUAGUCACUCUUAAAACUUUGCAGAUAUCCCAUUCUGGCUUCUCCUUCUCGUAGACAGUCAAGGAUCCCAAUGUGGAAUGCCAAUCGAGUUUCGAAUCCCCCCUCCCGCACGCCUUCCGUCCACUCCGUACACAAUUCUGUGACGUCGAUGGCACGGUCCCCAUCUGUACACUCCAUUGCACGAUCAAUCAAUUCGCAUCGUGGGUCUGGAGGUUACGAUUCAGACCGGAGUAGUGACACAGCAGGCGAGGACGAGUUCCCGAUGCCGCCAACCACGACAGCCACUAUUCCUCCGCUAUGGCAGCAACAAGAGCGCUUAACGCGAAAGCUCGGCCAUGCAAGUCUCCAUGUCGCAGAAAUUCAGCUACCUCCCCCACAUACACGCGAGAGUAUACGGGAAGACAAUAGUGAAACGCGUUCCCGCGGCUCGACCCUCGCCGACGAGCAGGACUUCGAAUUUCCAGAGAAAACGCCGACUUCUCUCAAGCCGAAAGAGCUACUUGAGAACGAGAAGGAGAUAGAACCGAUUGUCGAGUCUCGAGUGAUUGGGCCUCUUGAGCAGCAGCUUUCUGCCCUGCUAUCCAAAGUCGUCUUUCUCGAGCGCGAAAAUCCAACCAUUGCCGUCCAGCCCGAUGAAUACAGGGAGAUGCAAGAUCGUAUAAAGUCCCUCGAAGCCGAGAAAGCGACCUGGCAAAAACGCCACGAGGCUCUCUUCGCCCUACGCGACGAGGACGUUGAGAACAACAUUAAGAUCCGCGGCCUGCUUGCUAAGGAGCGCCGCGAGCACGAGGCCAUGAAGAAGCUACGCGACGAGGACCUCGAGAACGUCCUCAUAGUACGCAGCAAGCUCGCUGAGGCCACGCGGAAGCUUGACCGCAUGGAGAAGACCGGCGGCGUACUCACUCCUAAUGGGCGCCCAAAGAGCAUCGCGCUCGAAAGGCGAAACACCACAGAUCUUUUCCAGGUGGCUCGUAAUGCGGCACUCGAGCAACGAGCACUUGAGCUGGAGAAGGCAAAUCAGGACCUGCUAUCUCAGAUCGCGGCAUUGAAACAGGGCUUGAGUCCAACGGCAACAAGCGGAUCUACAGAUAGAGUCACCGCUCAUGCCGCCUGGCGUGACACCGUUAGCGAUCUGCAAUUCAAGCUCCGCCAGAAAGACGAGGAGCUCGCACGAGCCCGUGCCAGUGGAGCAGGAGUAACGACUGACACGUCUUCGAUGAACUGGCAUCGUAUCGAAGCGUUACAUGAAGCACAUUCAACGCACCGGGAGAAGAGUGCGCAGAGGUUGCAGCAGCUCAGGUCCGAGAAGGAGACACUUCAGAGAGAGCUGCACAAGCGGGAGGACGAGAAUGCGGAGUUGGAGGCGAAGGUUGAGAAGUUGCAGAGGCGGCUGGGUGGUGUAGGAGCUUAGCUCCUCUCAACGUUUUUACCAUGAGAGAUGAUAAAUGAGAUUUGAGGACUUGCGAGCGGAGAACUAGAGGAGCUAUACCAUGAUCUCUUUACGUCUGUAGAGCUGCGUUUAAGCGCGCUGGAUGCCUUAUAUCAUUUUUUUCUGUUUCCUCCAUUGAGUUCGUCUAUCCUUGUCUCAAAUUCCCGUACUAUAUCAUGGGUUUCGCGCGGACUCGAAAUUAUCGGACAAAAAUACUCACCUGUAUUGUUCAUACUUAUUUUUCAAUCUUAGUUCAAAGAGCCUGGAAUCGGAAAAAAAUUGCGAUUCCACUUCCGUUAUGAUAGGCUAGCUGUUGAGGGUGACGAUCAGCACUCGAACAUGAAACUUCCAAACAAGAGAUAAAGCGUAGGACCUUGGCUCAAGUCGUCAAGGAACGGCUGCAUAUCAAUGCCAGGAUGGAUAUCUUUGUCCGCGC